AUGACGUCUGAGGGUGGUCCACAAGUCAUUAUAACUGGCAGGGAUCUGGCUCUAAUGAAUGUUGUUGGCGUUGUGUUCCCUAAGUGUUAUCAUCUUCUAUGUCGUUUCCAUAUUCAAAAAAAUGUGCAGGCAGAGUGCAAAAUGUUAGUGAAUUCUGUUGAUGCAUGGGAUGUUGUACUGCAAGCAUGGGAGAAUGUUAUGGACUGUGAAGAUGAGUUAAAGUUUAACGAUUGUGUUAAUCAUCUUGAGCUUGUUUUCCAGUCAUGGCCUGUAUUUUUUGAAUAUGUUAAUGACUCGUGGAUCAUUCCUUACAAGAAAUACUUUGUGAAAGCGUGGACGAACAAAGUUAUACAUUUAGGGAAUACAACAUCAAACAGAAGAUUAGUGGGAUAUGUUUCUAGAUCUGCCUUAGAACUCCUUGCUCCAAAGUUAGAAAGAGUUAAGAAAAUUGGAUUCGAUACUAGUCGUUGUGGCUGCAUUCUCAAACAAACUUAUGGUCUUCAUGUGCAUAGCGAGGUUGAUCUACUACUUAAUAUUUUCAAAGAAGUUGACAUUGUAGGAAAAGUCACCAUCAAACAUAAAUUACUUGACAUAGUUUACCCUUCGAUGACAUCAAUGUUGCCGCCAGCGAGUAAAAUUAAGACGAAGGGUGGACCUAAAAGUCAUCGAUCAAAGAAGUCAACCAAACGUGAUCCCUCAUAUUUUGAGCAUGUUGACGCCUUCAUUGAGUCAUCAAGACAAGACACGUGUGUUGCAAAAACAGAAAACAAGUUGAAGACCAAAGGUGUAAUCCAAGAAAAGAUAAUACACAUGCUAGAACAGUUCAAUCUUGUUUUUCAGCCUUAUAUAAUGGAUUUUGUGGAUGUAGUGGCAGAUGGUCAUUGUGGGUAUAGAUGCACCGCUGCAUUGCUCGGUAUAGGUGAGGAGUCAUGGCCUCUAAUCAAACAUGAUUUAUACAAAGAACUUAGUCAAUGGCGAGAUGAAUAUGCUACAUUAGUUGGAGGUUAUGAUCGUCUGGAAGAACUAAGAAAGUCUUUGCUAGUUCAUUCACCAUCAGGGGCUAAUCUAGACAAGUUAAUGACUAUACCAGACAUGGGUUAUGCGAUUGCUAAUCGAUAUAAUGUAAUCUUCGUGUGCUUGUCAUCAGUUCAGAAUUUGACGAUAUUCUCACUUCGUACAUCCGCACCUAUUUUGCAAAGUCAACAUCGACUAAUUUGUAUCGGAUAUGUUUACGGUUCUCAUUUUGUGCAGGUUCGUCUACAAGAAGGUUGUCCAUUAUCGAUGGUGGAUAUCAUAUCAUCUAGCAAUUGUUAUCCAAAGGCAAAGGGGUGGGCAUCAUUUUAUAGAGAUAGGAUGCAUGCAUUCAUAGAUUUACACGUAGUGGAUCGUAGAUAUGUAGAUCUUAUGAAAGACUGA